AUGGUGGGUGCGAGAACAGACGCGAGCGUCAACAGAACCGGCACUAUAACACAUGUCUUCUUCGUCCUCAAUGGCAAAGCUAAAGACACCAACCGCAGACAGAGAAGACAACGGGAGGAAGAGGAAAAGUACACAUAUCUACGCUUCAUGACUCUGUGCUCAGAGGCCCUCACGGCAGCUCACAAAUGGGCACCAUCUGAGCGAAGAGUGGGUGAAGCCCUGGGUCGAGAUUAUGCCGAUCAGAGAUAUGUUUCGAGUUUGGGGUACGAGUUGGGAGGCGCGGGCAUGCAGACAGAGGGAUCAAAAACAUGGGUCAUGGAGAAGGCGGAGGACGCGGACGAGGGCGACACGUCGGACUCCUUCCCCUCUCCCCCACCACCCCAAUACUACCAAUUCCACUUCCUCACACCAGGCUCAAAAGACCAACCAACACAGACGCACAAACUCAAGAAAGUCCACAGGAUAACAGUCAUCAGCAUUAUCGAAGUACUCAUCAAAGUCGGCUGGAUGACCGCCUUCCUGUCUACACCAACCCAUACACACAGAUGGACUUCCCCUUCGUCUCACGCGAUUCAAAUGCCUUCGUUUCGUCCCCACCUUUGGCUUCAGCUUUGGAACCCGGGAAGACGUUCAAAGGCCGGGAGAAGACUCACGACGAUUGCAUCGCCCCGGCCUAUUUCGGUUGUUGGAUCUGUUCAUAGCCGUGUGGGUGGGGAUGCUGGGUUUAGGCUGAAUGCGGGGUGUGUGGUUAGGCGGCUGGUGGGGCUGGGGGAAAUGGGGCAGAUGCUGGACAGAGGGAAAUCCGGUACUUGCACCAGACAUGCUAAUGUCACUUACACCACCGGGGAAGGGUUAUAUAGAGAGUUGUCGGCGGGGGUUACCGAUUUUUGGCCUGAAAAAACUAUUGCACAACCUUGGCUAUGGUAUGACCUAGUCGUGAACGAUACAACGCACUGGCAAAGGUUGAGUGAAAAGUCGAAGUAA